AUGAACAAGUUCCAGGGCAGAAUUCCAUGGCAGCUUGGUAAUAUCUCUCGCCUGCAGUUUUUAAGUGUUUCUACUGUCCAAAAAUUCUCCUCAUUAGCUUACAUGCAAUCAAGCACAGAGUUGGAUAGCUCUGAUUUAAGGUGGAUAGAGAAGCUGCAGGAGUUAAAAUAUUUGUCUCUUGGAGGUGUGGUGCUGAAUAUGACAAGUCUAGAAUUGGGGGCAGCCCUUUCUCAUCUUCAUCGUCUCCAUUUUUUGGACCUUUUUCUUUGCGAUUUGUCUGGACACAUCCCAAAUGCUAUCCAAAACCUCACCUCCCUCUCCCAUCUUAUUUUAGAUUGGAAUGAAUUCAAUUCUAGAGUGCCUUCAUGGUUGGGAAAUAUGCCUCAUUUGCAAGAGCUUAGUUUGUCUUACAACACGGAAUUAAGUGGAGAUAUAGAUCAUAUAUUAUGCGGGAAAUGGCCACAUUUAACCAUAUUUGAUCUAUCACAGACCAAUGUAACAGGGGGUAUUCCACCCCGUAUUGGAAAUAUAUCCUCCCUCAUCCAUCUUGACAUAGGAAAGAUAGAGAUAGGCAUUAUUGUUAAGGGAAAGAUGGAAGGCAUCAUUCCUUCUUCCCUUGGCAACAUAUCUACUCUUCAAUGGUUGAGUCUUCAUGGAAACUCAUUGAGUGGAGAGAUUCCACCAUCAAUUGGACAACUUUCAUCUUUGAUUUAUUUGGACCUCACCUCCAAUAAACUUAGUGGCCAAAUACCUUCCUCGUUAGGUAACAUUUUGUCCUUGGACACCUUAUUUCUUGCAGACAAUCAACUAAAUGGUACAAUUCCUACUUCUAUUGGACUUCUCCCUCAUGUGAAAUCGAUGGACCUUUCUUUCAACAACCUACAAUUUUCUCUUGAUGCUUUCAUAAGUACUAGUAGCCUUCUUUCCCUCGACCUCUCUUAUAAUAAAUUGAUUGCCGAGGUUGACCCAAAAUGGAUACCCCCAUUUUCCUUAUCUUCUUUGAGUUUGGCUUCUUGUAGUAUUGAAGGUAUCUUCCCUCUAUUCCUUUCAACACAAUAUGAAUUAGAUGAUUUGGAUCUCUCCAAAAAUAAUCUCUUUGGAAACAUUCCACUUUGGCUAGUAGAUUUAACCAAUCUAAAUGAGUUGAAUCUUUCAUACAAUAACUUGCAAGGCCAACUACCCUCCACUUUGAACAUAAGCUCCUUUUUUACAUUAGAUUUACAUAAGAACCAAUUGAAUGGUUUCCUUCCAAUUCCUUCAAUAGCUUCCCCAUAUUUGGAACUAUUGGAUGUGUCACAAAAUGGAUUUGUAGGAGUUAUCCCAGCACAUAUUGGCAAACUUGUACCAAGCAUUGGAUUCUUGUCAUUUUCAGCAAAUGAUCUAAGUGGUGGCAUUCCUUCUUCUAUUGGUCUUCUACAAACAUUGGAGGUGUUGGAUCUCUCAAAGAUAGGUUAUUUGGUAAAAUACCAUCAAGCCUAA